AUGGAGCAAGUAGAAGCAGCAAGAAAGAGAUGCUCAAGAGUCAUUGACACCAUAAACAAAUUACCUUCUCAAACCAACAUCACUGAAUCAUGCAAACGCACUCUCCUCAAACUAGCCAAAUCUGAGCUCCAUUUCCUCUCUUCUCGCUUCACUUCUACUCUCCACCACAAGCCCCUCAGUGUUAAUAUUGGGCACUUGGAGGCUGUGAUUCACAUUCUACAACAACCUUUUAUAACUGGAGUUUCACGGGUUUGCAAGCCAAUUCCUUUAUCACUUCCAAAUAGGAAAAAUAUUGAAUCUUUUCCUAAGAAUGUUGUUCAUGUCGAUAUUGUCUGUACUCUUAAUAAAAACCCAGUUUGGAUUAUUGUUUCUGAUAGGAACCCGAGAUAUGUUUCUUGGUUUGGAGAUGGUAAAAGUAGUAAAGGCUUAAAAUUUAGACUUGAACAAGUUUUGGUUGCUGCUCAAUCUACUCAGAUAAUGAAACCUUGCUCUAUUGUUUUGUUUUUCUCACAUGGGGUCAGUGAUUUUGUUUAUGAGAAGCUUAGAGAGGAGUUUGGGGCAUGUCAGCUUGGAUUGGAGUUUGCUUUGUUUGAUUUUGAUUUGUGUGAGGAAUUAGAAGGUGGUGAGUGGGUCAAUGUGGUUGCAAAUUCAAGGUCAUUUCAAGAUGCAUGUGUUUUUGAAAUUAAGGUCGGUGGUACCAGGGAAAAUGCUGUUUUGGAUUCUGAAUAUGGGGUUAAGGAGUCAUUGACUCUUAAUCCUACUGGGCCGGAGGUGACAGAAGAGGUUACAAAAGAAAACUUGAAUGAUGGCUUUGGUUCUCUUAUCUCGGGGAUGAAGUUGUCAUGGUUGAAAGUUAAAAGUGUGGAUGUUGUUGGACCAGGGGAUUUCAUUGGAGAUGAUGCCAGUGACAAUUUUAUAAAUUUUGAUACAACAGCAUUGAUUGCUAUUGUAUCGGGAAUUAGCAACGGUUGCACUGAGAAACUUUUGGAUACACCUGAGGACGAAUUAAGGAAGCGAUUUAAAGGAAAUUAUGAGUUUGUGAUUGCACAGGUCAAAUCUGAAAUUCAGAAUCCUAUACUUGCAGAGCUGGCUGGUGUCAUACAUGGAAAGAGAGGCAUAACAUGUGGAAGUGUUCUUUCAGAGUUUAAACAGUUGGUUUCACUGUGUGGAGGGCCUAAUGAGAGGCUGAGGGCUGAUAAAAUACUGAAAUGCUUGACGGUCGUGCCAGAUAGGCCUUCAGAACGUUUGAUGGCCAUCCCAACAACAAGAAAGUUGGCAUUGAAGAACAAGGUUGUUUUUGGGACUGGUGAUCAUUGGCGUGCUCCGACUUUAACAGCAAAUAUGGCAUUUUUGCGAGCAGUUUCACAGACUGGGAUGCCUUUGCCCACCAUUGAGCAUAGACCAAGGGCCUUAACUGGUGAUUAG